AUGACGGCUGGGAGCCCGGGAGACUGCGGGGAGUUGCGGAGGAGCCCCGAGGGCCGCGUCUCUCGCCUGGGCCGCCGCCUGGGCCGCCGCCGGCGCCCGCGCUCCCCGCCCGAACCUCUGCGGGUGCGGGCACGGCUGCGGCUGCGCUCGCCGUCGGGGGCGUUCGCGGCGCUGGGGGCGCUCGUGGUACUGGUGGGCAUGGGCAUCGCCGUGGCCGGCUACUGGCCGCACCGCGCCGGCGCCCCGGGGCCGCGCGCUGCCAAUGCCAGCGCGCCCCCCCUGAGCGAGCUGCGACGCGAGGGUCGCGGCGCCGGCCGGGCCCACGGCCCGCACGAGCGGCUGCGGCUCCUUGGGCCCGUGGUCAUGGGCGUCGGCCUGUUCGUGUUCAUCUGCGCCAACACGCUACUCUACGAGAACCGCGACUUGGAGACGCGACGGCUUCGCCAGGGGGUGCUGCGGGCUCAGGCGCUCCGCCCUCCUGACGGCCCCGGCUGGGACUGCGCCCUCCUCCCCAGCCCCGGACCCAGGACUCCCCGAGCCAUAGGCUGCGCAGAGCCAGAAAGUUGGGACCUGUCCCCGCGUCGGGGUACCUCACCCGUUCCGUCAGUGCGGAGUCUGCGUUCAGAGCCUGCGAAUCCUCGCUUGGGGUUACCUGCCCUGCUCAACAGUUACCCGCUGAAGGGCCCGGGGCUGCCCCCACCCUGGGGUCCACGGACCCAGACUGGCCAUGUGAUUAUCACCGUGCAGCCCUCUGGUUCCUGCAUCGAACAUUCCAAGUCUCUGGAUCUGGGCCUUGGGGAGCUCCUACUGGGCGCCCCGGCAGCUCGAGACUGUGCUCACCGGAGCUGGCCCCGGCUGGACCGCCUCAGUCUGGGGGGUUAUGCCAAGUUGGGAGGAGGAGGGGACUUGGGAGCCCGGGUUUAAGGAGCAGGGGACAGCCUGCUAGGAGGCCGCAGCAUCGACCGUGGUAAUAGGAUCAGAAGUCCCAGUAUCUAGUAGAUGCAGCAGUCACAUCCCAGACUGGAGGUGGACGCUCCGGCCCCAGCAGCUGCUAAGGCGACCUGACUUGCAUGUCGGCAGAGAAAUGCCAACUGCACAAGGGUUCAAUAGGCUGGAGAGGACGUGCUUUAUUGUGGAGUCUGGGGACCAGCAUGACUCGGCCUCGGGAACUCUCUGAAGCCUCCAAAAGUGGCCUUACUUAGCCUUGG